AUAAACCGUUUCUGGUACCGAUUGUCGGUGCAAUAGACACAAUAGAUAGACGCGAAAUUUUGAACGAAUUUCCAUUCAACUUUUUUUAUUUAAGAAAUUUAUUCUUAUUUAGAUCGUACAUUGUAAUGGCCUCGUCAUCAAAUACAAAUCGUAGCAAGAAAGUAAAAGGGAGAUCUGUUCCAUCAAGGUAUAAACAAUCUGUAGAAAAAUAUAACAGUCUUCAUACUUCUGAAGAAACUACAUCAGGCCCAGACAAAUUUAAUCUUUCAAGAAAUCCAAGGUUGUUUAGUGCUACUCUGGAUAAAACCAAAGCUAAUCAAACUAUUAUUCCAAAAAAAACUAUUCCUAAGAAAACUUAUUCAACUCCUGAAACUGUCGACACUGCUCCUCCAAACUUUGAUGAAUCGGCCAUUCCCAGUGCUAGUUGCACUAUUUCAGAUUAUCCAAAAAUAGACAGAUUAAGACAAAAAUCACUAAAUUGCAGAGAACAGAAAAAUUUUUCAACUAGUGUAUUUAAAUCUGCCAAACAACAAAGAAAUACCUUAAAUCAAAGCCAAGCAGAUCAAGAAGCUGAAUUAGAUACAUGUUAUGCUGAAUAUCAAUUAAACCUACUGCUAGAAAAUAAAGCUAGAAAAAGUCUUCAGGAUAAAUCCAAAACAGCUUUGGAAAAAUUUUUUGGAGUGUUUAACUACAUUCAACAGUUGAUGGGAAAACAUGAAAACAUUAAAAAUAGUUUGAAUGUGGUAUCUUUUUCAUUGGAACUACAUGAACAUUUAAACAAACAGGAAAAAAUGCUUGUACCCUGUCUUGAAAUCUUGGAUGAAUUAGAAAAACAGUAUGAGGAAAUAGCCACAGCGAUAGAUUGCUUGAGGCACAAGCUGCUUGUUGAAGACGUUAUGCCACUAGAGGGCUUUGAAAAGGAGAUAGUUGAACUAAUGAAUAAUAUUGAUAAUUCUUUGAACAUAAUCCUGGCAUCUGUUGGAAAUGUUGAUGAACUUGUAACUUCUACUAAUGCUGCCUGUACAUUUGUGAAGAAAGGAAAUCUAGCUUUUGAUGAAAUUAAAAGAGGUUUAGAACUGUUGGCCGAAGUCAGAAAUCUUAUGUUGUCAGAGACCGCAUUCAAGUUUGCCUCCCUUUGUUGUGAAGAUGUCCAAACGUAACAUGCUAAUUCUUCAAUGUGAAGUUCGUUAAAAUAUUUUUCUGUAAUUAUUCUUGUUAUUGAUGCUGUUUACUAAUUUUGAUAUUCUAUUUAAAUAAUAAAAGAUUUCUAUUUGCA